ACUGUGGAGAAAAUCGAAAGGGAAGAAAGAAUAAAGAAAGGUGAGCAGAGAGAAAGAAAGCAUAUUAUUUUUUGUGACGAUGGCUUCUCUAUCUACAGUCGCCGGAAAACCGGCCGGAGUUCAGGGACUCGCCGGAAGUUCAAUUCACGGCACCAAACUUGCCGUCAAGCCGGCCCGCGUUAGCCUGCCGGUCUCCGGUCGAAGGUCUUGCAUAACAGUGGCCAAAUAUGGUGAAAAGAGUGUCUACUUUGACCUAGAGGACCUUGGAAACACCACUGGAGCUUGGGAUCUGUAUGGAUCUGAUGCCCCUUCCCCAUAUAACUCCUUACAGAGCAAGUUCUUUGAGAUCUUUGCAGCCCCAUUUACAAAAAGAGGGUUACUUUUGAAAUUUUUGAUAUUGGGAGGGGGGUCCGCAUUGGCUUACCUCAGUGCCACUGCAUCAGGGGAUAUCCUACCCAUCAAGAAGGGCCCACAAUUGCCGCCUCAGCGUGGACCACGUGGCAAGAUAUGAUUGGACAACUGCUUGUAUCAUCAAAAGUUUAUUAUUAAGACCUUGUAAAGCCUCUGGAUACUAUGUAUUUCAUAUUCUCUCUCUCUAUACUAUUCAUUUGCAUUAUCUCUAUUUCUUUCUAAGCUAUUUAUUAAUCUUCUCUAUAUUGAACUAAUGGUUUCCUA